AAAGAUCAUAAGAAAUUUAAAUGACUAUGCAUUAUGGGAUAAUUCGAAUGCUAAAUACGAUGUGUGCAAACUUUUAAAUUAUUGGGUAUAUAGUAGAUUAGUUCGUAUUUGGGGUUCUGAUAAACCUAGUAUUAUUACUACUCCUCUUGCCGCCCUCCAUAGGGUAUGGAAUGAAUUUCUUAAAAAAUCAUCAAAUACGUCUCUCAAUAAUAAAUGUAUCCCUGAUAUGGGUUUAGCUGUACAGCAUAACUGGCAGGAUAGGAAAAAAUUGUACGAUUAUUAUGUUGAUUAUGAUUAUCUUCUUUAUAUGGCCAAAAACUAUGACAAAGAUGAAUGCACAUAUUAUUAUAAAAUUAAUGAAAUGAUUCCAUUAUAUAAUUUCUAUAAGGAUUUAUGUAGUACUCAUAGAGAAAGAUGUCCAGACGUCUUUUAUGAAUUCCCGGUAGAAAAUAUUGAGUCUGAGCUAACAGAUUUACAAUGUUAUUCUAAAUUUAAUGGUAUAAAUGGUCCCAUUUUAGAGGCUACUUCUUCGCUUCAACUUGUAGACAACAAAGGAGAGCAUGAAAAACCUGCAGAGGAUAUUUCAGAUUACAUUAUAGAUGAUUAUACAGUCGAAUCUAAUACCCAGUUAGAUAGUGGAAAUUCCGGAAUUGGAAAAAAAGUUACUCAUUCAAUUCUUGGCGCAGCUCCAGUUUUAUUAACUGGCACUGUGUUAUAUAGAGUAUGUAUAUAUUUUGUAAACAUAUAUCAUUAUAGUACGAACUUGUAA